UGGGCUUGAACUGGCCUUAUCCAAGCCCAUGAACAUAUCUAGUGUGUGAGUACGAAGACAUGAAAAUUGCAAUGAGGAAAAUUAAACAAAGGAGAGCACUAAAACGAUGCCGUUGGGAAAAUUGCAUCACAGCCUACUUUGGCGGUGUAGAAGCGGGUGUGUAGUGUAACGGCUACCAUUUUAAAUACAACCGAAUUUUGAAUCGUUUCAAAAAAUCUCUUCAAAGAGUCGUUAAUAAAACUGAAAAAAAUCCAUUCAUCUCCCUCUUUAAAAAUCCCGGAUUUCCAGUUUUCUUAAUCUUUCUCCUCUCUUUUCUUCAAAAUCUCUAGUUCCCCAAACCCUAACAUAUUAUCAGAAAAAAGAAUAAACAGAGGGCACCUAGUUUUUUCGAGGGAUUGGUGUAUUUGCAAAAUUCUUGCAAAGAUGAAUGAUCUUAUGACCAAAUCAUUCUUAAGUUAUGUAGACCUCAAGAAACAAGCCCAAAUGGAUCUUCAAACCGAAUCGGAUUUAGAAUCGGGGCACCAUAACCCUACUUCAGAUGACCCAAAUCUGUCUCAGUUCUUUCAAGAAGUUGAUGCAAUCAACGCAGAAAUGGAAGAGAUCACUAGUCUCUUGUCUGAUCUUCAAGCACUUGAUCAAGAAACCAAGUCUACUCACAGUAACAAAGUUCUUCGCGGGUUAAGAGAUCGAAUAGAAUCUAAUAUAACAGCAGUUUUAAGGAAAGCCAAGAUUGUUAAAGCAAGACUCGAAUCGAUGGAUCGAUCCAAUCAAUCGAAUCGGAAAAUAUCAUAUUUGUAUCGACAAGGAAGUCCUAUCGACAGGACAAGAAUAACUCUCAGUAAUGGCUUGAGGGUUAAGUUCAGGGAAAUAAUGAAUGAAUUUCAGGUUUUAAGAGACAAGAUUUUAUCUGAUUACAGAAAUGAUCUCAAGAGAAGGUAUUUUACUGCAACCGGAGAAGAUCCGAGCGAAGAAAUGAUCGAUAAAAUCGUUUCGGGGAGUGUCGAAAUUCGAGUGUUUGAAGGGAAAUUAGAAGGGAAGGAGAGGCAUGAGGCUGUGAUGGAUAUUCGGAGAAGUUUGACAAAGCUGCAAAAUGUGUUUCUUGAUAUGGGGGUAUUGGUGGAAACACAAGGGGAGAAGUUGAAUGAGAUCGAAGAAAAUGUGGGGUAUGCUGGUAAUUUUAUCAGUGGAGGAACUGAUAGUCUUUACUAUGCUAAGCAAAUGAAGAAUAAGAAUAAGGUUUUGGUUUUCUGGGUUUGGUAUGUCCUUUUGGUUAUACUUUUGGUUUGCAUUGUUGGGUUGUUGGCUUCUUGAAUUUCAUUAUUUUCUUAGUCUGCAAUGUAAAUUCAUUCUUGUUUCUGCUUUUAGGAUUCUGAAAUGAAUUUUUAUUUUUAUCA